CGUUAGCUCUCACGUGAGUUUGUUUACAAGGCCAAAUCAGAACAGAGAGUACUUUUCGGCUUUUCUGGGAAGCUGAGUGAACGUCCUCAUGUUUAGCUGCUAGCUAUAUUGUGAGGCUGUGUCUUUAUGUUUGGUUGUUCAUGUUUAUGUUUGGAGUUCAUGUAAAGCUCGUGUAGAGAGAAAAAUAAAUCAGGUAGCGAUGAGCUAGUGUUUGUGUCGUUAAAAUAGUUUGCAGCUCGAAGCUGUUUUCCGGCUGACCAUGAUUAUUCUGUCUCACCACAUAUUCUUCUUCAUAUGCAUAUGUAAUGGAAGGACACAGCUGGCUAUUCUCUACAUGCACUUUACGCUCACAUAUGGGAAUUAGUUGUUAGAUCAUUUAAACUCAGUUUAUAAUCCGUGAACAAGAGUCUUCUAAGAUAAAUGAGGAAUAAAACGCGACGGGGCGUGCUGUUACAGGAAUAUAAACAACGACAAAGCGGCCAGUUGUGAAGCCACGAAGUAUUUGUUAUUUAUUGUUUUCCUGUAACAGCACUUGUCGAAAUGUUUUAUUCUUCUUGUACUGCAUCAGUUUGCCAACGAGAUAUAUGGAAUAUAAAAUAUAAAUAUCAGUGAACAGCGUCAUACUUUUUAUAAUCUGCUGGGGGGGAACCCAAUAGAAACCCUCAUAGAAUUUUUAAUGGUUAUACUGGGAAUUUCAUUGGUUUGAAUGGAAACUGUAAUGGUCUUUACUGGUAAUUUGUUGCCUUCUAUUGGUGGCAUGUUCUGUCUAGUGGAUACGAUUAAGGGCCAGUAAUGAUUUUAAUGAUUAACUGAUGGUUUGUAAUGAUAUUUGUAGUGGAAACCAUUAGAAUGUCUGUGAUGAUUUCCACUGAGGUUUUUUCCUAGCAGGGUUGUUACAUUUAAUGUUGUGAAACGUCAUUAAAAAGUCCUGCAGCUUGUCAUUUGAGACUUCUUACAUAUUGUGUUAAAUAAAUGUCUCUCUCUAUAUGAGAGAGCGUGAGAAAAUCAUUAAUUCAUUAUCAUUUGAUUAUGCGGAGCAACUAUAGUAACAAUAAAGUGUUAAAACAAAUUAUAAACCUGUAAUUUGCCUUACAGCUGGCACAUGCUGUUAUAGAAACUUAACACCUUCUGACCAAUCAGAUUUGAGAAUUCAACAGCACUGUAGUAUACAGCGUCAUAAAGAGAUGAACGGGGAAAAAUGAAUCACUUUGGUGAUUCAUUUUUUGGAGUAAUGUAGUGUAAUGGAAAUGUCUCAGAGAAUGAGUGUGAGUAGUGGUGUACGGCUUGUCUGGUUCAAUGGAUGUGAACCUUCAAAUCUGUGUUUCUGUUCAGUGACCUCUGCAGAUAUGGCCACUAAACCGUUCAGGCCUGAGGAAGCACGUAGGAUCAUGCAGUUUCUGCACAGGCCAGCGGUUUUCCUCAACAUGACUGAUAACUGGCCAGGACGGGACUGGACUCUGGAACAUCUGGCACUUUGUCUAGAGGAGAAGUCUGUACGCUUUCGUAUUGGGAAGCGGUGUGAGCAGAAGGCUCCUCUCUUUGAAACAGAGUGCUCAUAUGUCGAAGCAACUCUCACAGAGUUUCUGUGUUGGAUGAGGGGGAGUGACACUGCAUCUGUAGGCCCAUUUGCUGACUAUCCUCUAUCAGAGUACUGGGCUUAUGCAGACUACAAGUAUAUUGCCCUUCUUUUUCAGGACAAGGACACCAUGUUUAAGGAUGUAGUGUGGUCUGACUUUGGCUAUCCAGGCCGUGAUGGGAGAGAGAGUACUCUUUGGGUUGGUACAAAUGGUGCUAACACUCCAUGUCACCUGGACUCCUACGGAUGCAAUCUUGUCUUCCAGAUUCAAGGCAGAAAACGCUGGCAUCUCUUUCCUCCUGAUGAUGCAGAAUGUAUGUACCCAACACGUAUACCAUACGAGGAGUCCAGUGUGUUCAGCCAGGUCAACGUGAAACGUCCUGACAUGCGCCGAUUCCCUGCUUUCCGAAGAGCCCGAUCCUACCUCGUCACUCUGGAGCCGGGUCAGGUUCUUUUUGUCCCAAGACACUGGUGGCACUAUGUGGAAUCAGUAGACCCAGUAACUGUCAGUGUCAACUCUUGGAUUGAGAUGGAGGUGGAUGAUGAAGCCCGAAUAGGAGAAGCUCUGACCAAGACCAUCAUCUGUGCACUAAAGACUAAACCAAGUGUGGAUAACAAAGACAACUGGCUCAAUCCUACGGAGGAUGGGAUCGCUACACAUGAUGAGAACAUGCAGUACUUGAAUCUAGCAGUGAAGGCUUACAUGAAUAAAAAGAGCUUGCAUUCUGAAGACUGGGGCAGAUGUGCAGAACAACCCAGUCCCUCAGCUUUGAAGCGGGACUCCAGUGGUCAGUUGAAGACCCCUGUCACUGAGCCUGUGACCUCAUUUUCAUUGCCAUUCGGACCUCACCUCAUUCCUGUUACUUGUCAUGCAGACACGUCUGAGGAACCCACAGUGACAAACCCCAAAGAGGCUCUCAUUUCAAAAGACAAUACACUCUUUUACACGCAAAAAAGAACAAAGCCCCUGCAUACAGAACCACAUGGGAAAGAAGAGGCAAUCAGUGUAUCAGAGGAGGACAAGGAAGAUGGAAAUGGUGGUGCAAUGUGUAGCCAAAUAUCCACCAAUGAUGUGCUGGACUGCCUGCUACAUCCUGAUGUCAUCGCCCUUGUUACAAAGUUAAUGAUAGACAGACAGAAAGAGCUUGACUGAACAAGUCACAAAGCAAUUUUUACACUGUAUUAACUUUACACAUGAAAUAUUGUGGUUAAUAAAGACUUAAUGGCUAAUAAUAA